ACAUUCAUUGAACUUCAAUCAGUAAAGGUGAGCCUCCCCUUACAGAACUCAAGAUGAAACUCAUCCUCGUACUCGCAUUCGUGGCGGUGGUCGCCGCACGACCCGACGAUGACUUCAGCCGCUACGAUAACUUCGAUACCGACGAGGUGAUUAAUAACAAACGUCUACUGAAAGCUUACAUGGAGUGUUUCAUUGAAACUGGAAAGUGUACACCUGAAGGCAACGACUUUAAAAAAUGGAUUCCUGACUCCGUGGAAGAUAGCUGCAGCAAAUGUUCUGAAAAACAAAAGACGCUCAUUGCGAAGGUGAUCCUUGCCAUUAAAGGAGAAUUCACUGAUGGCUGGGUGAAAAUUAACGAAUUAUAUAACCCUGAAGGCAAAUACGAUACAACCCUCAAUGAAUUCAUUGAAAAAUACGGACAUUAAUUUUCACACUAGCACUCUUCUUUUAGUACUGCUACUUGUUGGAAUCAAAACCGAUACUAAAGUAUUGUCAUUUAUUAAUAAUAAAUAUGUAUAAUACACA